UCAGAUUGACUACAUUAGUCUAGUUCAAUACACUGGCACAUAUACAUUUUUUUGUUUGUAAUUUGUGUUUUGUACAACUGAUUGCAAAGUAUACAGGCAUUAAUAAAAAAUAAAAACUGGGUUGAUUGUUUAAUAAACCUAGAGCGAACAUCUCUGAGGCUUUUAACUUUAGGAGAUAUAAACUUAUAGGCCUUUAUGGUGUGUUCCAUUAGAUCUAGAUCUAAGGUCUAGUUGUGAGACUGAUGUUGGUUCUUCGACUUCUGGAUUAUUGAGCUGCAUCUUUUAUUCCUCCCAAGUUAUUGUAACCAGUUACCAUAGCUUGUGCGGUUAAUACCAACUGCCAACUAGUGCCAACCAGUGUACGGAAAUGUACACAGUGUAUAGUGCUGCUUUUGUUUCGGCCUGGCUGGUCAGUCAGACAGUGUCAUCCCAGACUUACAACAGCACUGUGGCCAUCUUUGAGGACAUAGUAAGGAAUGGCGUCUACAACACGGACGUACGACCACUCAAAGACCAGUCCAAGAUCAUAAAUGUCACUGCCAACUUUCAACUGGUGUCCAUCGUGGGUAUCGAUGACGUGGCCCAGAGUUUUACAAUUAACGGCUUUGUUUUGUUUACCUGGAAAGACGAGAUUCUGACAUGGGAUCCAAGCAAGUAUGGCAACCAGGAGCUCAUCCAUCCGACCCCAGAAAAAAUUUGGCGACCAAGAGUUUUCCUGCUGAACACACUCGGAGCGAGAGAUUUGUUUCAAGACGAUGUGGCGCCAAUAUUUGUUCGAUCUGAUGGAAACGUCAACUGGAUACCUGGAAAUUUACUCGCUACUUCCUGUGAGUUGCAUUUAAAAGACUUUCCUUUUGAUGAGCAGACGUGUACAAUAAAUCUUGUGGCCAUGAUGUAUAGCACCAAGGAACUUCUGUUUGUUGUGAAGUCUCCCAAAGUAAAAUUAGAUUUCUUUAUUAAGCACAGUGAAUGGAAUCUGGCGGACACUAGUAUCAAUGUCACCAAACUUGUCAAUGCUGGGUGGGAAGGAUCCAGGAUUCAAUUGACAUUUCUACUUCAAAGAAGGCCGACAUUUCUGUUAAUCAACCUUGUUCUACCAGUGGUCUUUCUUUCCUUCCUCAACCUCCUGGUCUUUAUUAUACCUGCUGACUCAGGGGAGAAAAUUAGUUACGGCAUCACGGUGCUUUUGGCUCUGUCAAUGUUUUUAAGCAUUGUCAGCAAUUUGCUGCCGAGAUCAGGGGAAGGGAUUCCAAAGCUGACCAUCUACCUCUUCCUUCUUCUGGUCAUCUCCAUGCUGACAGUUAUUGACAGCAUCAUGAUUGUCUACCUGACUUAUAAAAAUGAGCUAGAAACAUCUCACCUGAAAGCCAAAGCUAAUUUCCAGAGGGCAUUUGUGAAAACCAAAAGACUGACUCGGACUUUGUCUGCUCUCCUGAACAUUAAACGAGAGGAAGAAAGUCGCACACCUGAUGUCAAAGUGACGUCACUCGCAGACGCGCUUAAACUUCCGCCCCAAACGUCGGUUGAUGUUAACGUGGAUAAGGCUGACGUGGCUGAGAAUAAGACGUCUCCAAGGGUUAAUAAGUACAGGCUCGUUAGAAAACACAUUGAUUGCAUUUCUUUCAUUGUUUUUCUACUUUUAUGGCUUUUGGUCACUCUUGGAUUUUUGUUCAAUAUGGCUUUUGGAAGAAAAGACUAACAAAAGUAUUCUAAAAGCCAUCAUACUAUACCACGUAUCACCAUGUCUUUUAUACACUUGGAAAUUCGGUUUAAUUUUACUCUUAUACCAAGUGUCAAUGUUUCUAUUCAUGUCAGA